GUUCCAUCUUUCAAGAUUGGGAGGCUGCUGGCAACAACGUUAAGAGGCUCUUUGAGGGCUACUGUGUCGAUUCGCCACCAAAAAAUGGUGCUCGUCUCGCUUCUUUUUUUUCCCGUUAGUUCGACCCAACUAGAAGGUUCACACUUGAGCACCGGGAGUGUGCCAGACCAGACACGUGAAUCUUUUUCCCCAUUUCCAACUACUUUGAGGACCGCCAGAAUCUUGGGAUUUCGACUACAUUCCCGAGCGUUCGUCAACGCCACGAUUUAUCAAGAACCAGUUCAACUCAAAAUGGCUGGCUUUUAUCUGGAUCCCAUUUCCAAGAGCUCCGUUUUGAUGUCUUUAGUUGUGUUGGUGGGCAUUCUUGGGAUUGCUCUCCAUCCCGUUCAAGGGUCCUUAAUGGGAAAAGGGCUUUUGUUAAACUCACACCACAACGAUCGACCCAAACCUUGGGACAUUCAUCGACGGCCCAACAAUUACUAUCACUACGACCCAGUGGAAGAGUCCUAUUGGCAACCCAGUGAGCCGACCCAAGAUGAUGACGGAGAAGAACCUUGUGUGGGUUUGUGUUACUACAGGAAACUUAUGAACCUUGAGAGCAAAAUGGACGGAGAGAGACGAGAGAAUGAGCCCAUGCCUGAGGAGAUCGUCUUCGAGGAACUGACCACCCACAAGCCCUGCGUGGGCCUCUGUCAAUACUAUCGAUCCUUGGGCAUCGAAAAUCCCUACGAGAAGCGUCAAGUGAAGCGCUUUGCCUUGCAUUCCGGUGGCUUCUAAAGAACCCUUCCAACUGUGGACCUGAUAUUCCCACUUCGUGCAUUGUUAUUUCUGAAACCCGUUUUUUCUCCAUGUUCAAUGUCUUUGAUGUCGUUUAAAGUGAACUCAACAUAAUCUUAAGGUGGGUCGUCCGGAGAAUUGGCUUUCAAAAAUCAUGUCAGCAAACCACAAGGACACCAGCAGCAACCGCAACCGCAACCACAACAUCCAGCCCCAAACCAUCAACCCUUUCUCGGUGGUGGUUAUCUCACCCACAAAAAGGUCUUGGAUGCAUAUCCAACGACUAUUACGUACUGCGGAGUUGCUCGUGUUUCGUGAUGAACCGUUUCGAUUCUACAUAUGUAGUAUUAUCAUUCAUACAUUACAUACAACAUGACUUUCAAUAUUGUUCAAAAAUCAUUAAGUAAUAAAGCAACAUUCUUCAAACUGCA